GUGAUCUUUAUGCUGCAAUGGGAAGGUUGAUUGAUAGUAUAUUUUACUAUAAAUAGGAGACCACAGCUGGCUUUGAGACCCACAGACUGAAGGAGGUCUGAGAGAAAGAGAACCCUGUCAUCACUGCGUGCGCUCACCUGUAGCAGAAGAAGCUGCAAUGGCUUUUACCAGCUAUGCUGCAGGGUUCAGGUCACUGCUUUUGGUGCUGGUCCUAGCACUCACCAUAAGGAGCUCAGCCCAUGGGAAGGUAGUUCGUCCUCGUCCCAGAAAGGAUAGUGGCUCUGUGAGGCUUAGUGAAGACUGCCUGAACCACAAGGAUCCCAACUUCCCUACCACGGUGAAAGUUGACAUUCGCGUUGGCAGCUCGGAUCCUGCCUCUAGGAUGAUCCAUGACAUCAGGAACCGCUCUCUCUCUCCUUGGAAUUACAGGCUCGAUGAGGACCCCAGCCGCUUCCCCCAGGUGAUAGCGGAUGCCGAGUGCCGCCUUUUGGGCUGCCUGAACCCAAUGGGGCAGGAGGACCGCAGCCUCAACUCCGUCCCCAUCACGCAGGAGAUCCUCGUCCUCCGGCGGGAGCAGCGGGGCUGCCAGCCCACCUACCGCCUGGAGAGGAAACUCAUCACCGUGGGCUGCACGUGCGCUGCUCCGGCCAUCCAGCACCAGUCCUAGGAGCAAUCAGCAGCCACGCUGGGAGGAAGAGCUGUCUCCUACGAGCACCUCUUAGGAGAAAUCCCAGUCGCUUACCUUGCAUCCCAAGAAUGCGGUGGGACUUUUCUGAAUCUGGGCAAAUUAACUCUUGAGAGUACUGAUUCUUGCUGGAGUUCCUUUAUGGGUUUCAGCAUUGGAAUCACCAUUAGCUAUUGAUGGAGGGGAGAAAGGGAAAUGUUUAUGUUUCUAUUUAUGACUCUGUUUAUGAGAGUCAAGACAUCCAAAAAUUGCUGAAUGCUUAUCUGUA